AUGACGUUUACAUUCAAUUAUUUACAAAAUGAUUUUAUGUUAAAAAAUCUCAAUAUCAGUACCAUUGGAGAUUGUCUCGGUGCUAUUUUUUCGUGUGUCGCAUUUGCCUUACUUCUCGAAUUGAGUAAAGCGAUUGAACUCUAUUUACGUCAUUAUCCAAAACGACAUCCACAAGAACUUAUAUUAACAAAUGUUUUACCAUCGACUAUUUAUCGAAAAAGAAUAAUUCUUCAUGCAAUUCAAUCUUUUGUUCAUCUUCUUCAAGUAGCGCUAAGUUAUGUUCUUAUGCUGAUGCUAAUGAAUGAUUUUGCUGGUUUUUUAAUUUCUGCUUCUAUAGGUAUUGGUUAUUAUUUAAUGAAUGGUGUUCAUCCUUAUACAGUAAAAUUCUUAGAUAAUAUUCCAUUUAUCGAUCAAUCUGCUUCUGAAACAACGUCUUAUUUGAAUGUUGGUACUUAA